UUGCUACUUUGCAAUGGCUUCUGAGAGUGGGAAAGUAGAGUGCCUUGCAUGGGCAGCUAAGGAUCCAUCUGGAGUUUUAUCACCUUACAACUUCACCCGCAGUGCCUUGUUAGUUUCUGCCAGGAGAGCACACAACUCAACUUCUUCAAAAGUUACUUAUUUCAAUUUUGCUGAAUGCUAAACUUAAUUACAUAUAAGGAGCAAUACCUCCGUAAAUAGUGUCCCAGCUUAUCUUCACGGAAUGCCUCUCUUCUUUUGCUUCUUAGAGAAAAAUUCUGGAAGAAAGAUAUUUUAUCUUCUGCUUGCAUUUUGUUCCAUAUGAUAUGAGGGCCAAAUUCAUUCGCGAUUUCACUUAUUUUCAGCUUUAUUUUCCAGUUUUAUAAACUAAGACCAUAUGGAUGAGUUAUGGAAAUUUCAAAAGAACAUUUUCAGGGCUGUUGGUGAAGAUGAUAUUUUAAUAAAAAUCACACAUUGCGGAAUUUGCUAUGCUGAUGUUAUCUGGACUAGAAAUAUGCAUGGAGAUUCCAAGUAUCCCUUGGUGCCAGGACAUGAGAUUGUUGGAAUUGUAAAGGAGGUUGGUUUCAGUGUUAGUCAUUUCAGGCCUGGUGACCGCAUUGGAGUUGGCACUUAUGUCAACUCAUGCAAACAAUGUGAUUAUUGCAAUGACAGGCAAGAAGUUUAUUGUGUAAAAGGGUCAGUUUUAACCUUUAAUGCCACUGAUGUGGAUGGUACAGUCACAAGGGGAGGAUAUUCUAGCUGCAUUGUCGUCCAUGAAAGGUACUGCUUUAGGAUACCAGAUAAUUAUCCUUCAGCCUUAGCAGCACCUUUGCUUUGUGCUGGAAUUACUGUUUAUAGUCCCAUGAUGCGGCAUGGUAUGAACCAACCUGGUAAAUCACUAGGAGUGAUUGGUCUAGGCGGUCUUGGUCAUAUGGCAGUGAAGUUUGGGAAGGCUUUUGGACUUAAAGUAACAGUUUUUAGCACAUCUGCAUCAAAGAAAGAGGAAGCCUUGGGGGUGCUGGGUGCAGACAAUUUUGUUGUCUCAUCUGACCAGGAGCAGAUAAAGGAAUUCUAUAAUUCACUGGAUUUUAUAAUAGACACAGCAUCGGGUGAUCACCCAUUCGAUCCAUACAUGUCACUCUUGAAGACAUCUGGAAUUUUUGUCCUUGUGGGAUUCCCAAGUGAAGUAAAAUUUAGUCCUGCAAAUCUCAAUCUUGGUAUGAAAACUGUAUCUGGCAGUAUUACAGGUGGUACGAAAGCAACACAAGAAAUGCUGGAUUUUUGUGCUGCUCAUAAAAUUUACCCCAACAUAGAACUAGUUCCUAUAAAGUAUGCAAGUGAAGCUCUUGAAAGGUUAAUAAAGAGAGAUGUAAAGUACCGGUUUGUGAUAGAUAUAGAGAAUUCCUUGAAGUAACACUAAGAACUGGCAUAUUCCUGAAUCACUAAGAACUGACAUUUUUAGAGUGGAUUGUUAGUCCUAAAUUACAUCUAAUUGGAAUCCCGGUUCUUUUUUUCAUCUUUUAAUCAAAAUAGCAUGGAUUUUCAUUUUCA